CCCUCCUUCCCUCCCUCCCUUCCUCCCUCCCGCCACGCCUCCACCAGCCGCUCCUCCAGGACCGCGUCCUCCGUCAACAAUUCAAAAACGAAACGGCUGACGUUCACGCCCGUUACCGCCCAUGGAAACCACCGACGCGGGUGUUCGCUUUCCAAGAGCAGGCUUCGGGCUUUUUCGGGCCGAGAUUCCGCGAAACUGACCAUCUGCAUCAAACCGAAUAUACCCAUGCCGCGGAAAUCCGUGGCGGGGUCUCGCCCCUGGAACCCGAUUUCCGACCAGACCGACCCCUCCCUCCC